UUUCCUUUUAAAAAUUGGGAGGGAAGGGGGAAAGGCGGAGACGGGAGCGAGCGUAGCUCCAGCGAAUCUGAAAUGGCCAACGACAAUAAUCUCUCCAGCUUGGCUCACGAACUCCGUGAACGGGUCGCCGCAUCCUCGUCCACUCCGGCUAACAACAACUCUUCCGGAGAAGAAGAUGAUGCUCUAGUGAUUCGAUUUCGGGUAGUCAUGCCCAAUCUUUUGAAUACCUACCUUGUUCCUUCUCUCGGUAACGGGAGGAAAGUUACAGCUGUUCUGAAGCUUGUUGGUCAUACAGCAAGGAACAUUCCAGGAGUUUUCUAUCACGGAAGCCCAGCGGCUAUUCUCCCUGUGAUUGCUCGUAUUAUCCCCUUCUUUGCUGAACCAGACUUUGUUCCUGCGCAUGGAUUACUACUUGAAACUGUUGGCUCUCUCUUAAUGUUGCUGCGUUCCAACUCAAGGAAGGCGUACCGGAUGUUCUUCCAUGACUCUUUGCAGGCCAUUGAAGAUAUGCAACCUAUUGCAUCACGUCACUCAAAUGAACCAGAAAUCUGUGAAUCUCACAUCCCAUUUAGGUGUUUCUGUAUGUCCUUUUCUGGAAUUUGGGGUGAUACUUGUCAUCUCUGUGAUCUGCCAGAUGCUAAUAAGCCCAGAGAUGGGGAUGGCCUUGUGUUGAACUUAUUGGGAGCCGAACGAUGGCAACCUUUUGCUACUUGUAUCCUUAAGCUCAUCUGUAAAUGCCUAACUGAGGGGACACUCUACGUCCACGGUCUCAUCCAUACAUCAUUUGUCAAAGCUGCUUGUUCUCUACUAUGCGGUGGUGGUGCAGAUGUGCAGAUGGCAUGCUUUGAAGUUGCUUCUCUUGUCGGAUCAAUCCUUACUUUCAACAUCCUCCCUCAUGUGGGCUUGAUACAGUCAAUCAUCCUCCUUUUAAGUGCAGAUGAAGAAGGACUUCCUGUGUACAGAAAUGCGAUUUACGAUGCUACUAUUGGGCGUUUCCUUACGGCAUUAUAUUCCAGCUGUUCUGAUGUCGCUAUCAAACUAACUGCAGAAAGUUUAGUGUUGGUCUUCCCUCAUGCUUUACAGAGAACAAACAGUGAGGAGCUUAAGGCUUCCCUGUGCGGAGCAUAUGCACGGAUUGUGAAAUCUUGUCCUCCUCGUAUAUGGAAGCUACAUUGCCUUCCAGAGUUGCUUCAUCUUUCAAAACCUUGUUAUCAAUUGAUAGAAUGUUUUAAAGCAGUUCUUGUAGUUCUUGGACCUGGUUGUGUUCGACGUAAGACAACCAAAUGUGGUAGUCAUACAUCAACAGCAAGUGAUACACCUGUCCUAGAAAUUAACAUUGGAAAAAAAAGGCAUAUUAAGGAUGGACGUGCUUACAAAAGGAAGCGCCAAAAGGUUGGUGAUGAUAUUCAACGAGGGGUUUACUUGGAUCCUGAAUUUUCCAGUGAGACUGAUGGAAAAGAUGCUCUUAGUCUGCGUGAGAUGCUUAUUUCAACUGUAGAAUCUUUAAAGCCUCCACCUGCUGGACCUAGUCUGUUACAGACUGAAAUUUCAAUUGUGGCACUUACCAUGCUCAGCAAUGCAUUUUGUUUCUCUCCCUGGACUGACAUGACUCAUCGCUUGUUUCACCAGAUGUAUGCCUGGAUUCCCUGGAUAGCUGAGCAGGUUGAGAAAGAAAAUCCUAUAAUGUUCGACAUUUCUAUUUACUUGGAAGGAAUUCACAAUGUGCUGCUCGUGCCUGAUUUGGAUUCACGGUAUGAAUAUACAAGUAAAGGGAAUGAUCUGGUUGCCAUACAAUUCCUGCUGAAGCUUCCUUGGACGCACUGCAUGCUGUUUAAGAAGCCUAGCUCUCUAGUAAAGUCUAAGUGUUUAUCUGUGGGAAUAUGGACAAAGCUUGGUUUACAAGAUGGGAGUGGUUUUAAUAUUUUUAAUCGGGCUCUUUCUGACGAUUUUGAACAAGUGCGAGCUGUUGCUGUUAUCUCUAUGCCCCUCAAAGUUCUUUUCUCUGGUCUUGAUGCCCUUCUUCAUAUAUUUCCAAGACUGGAGGAUUUGUUGAAAGAAAAGCAAUUGAUGGUUAAGAAGGCCAUUCCUCAGUCCCUUGGCUUCUUAUCUUGUCUUUAUGGGUCAAGUACAACCCGCUCAGAGAAAACUGCAUGCCAUUUAUUCCUACAUGAAGAUUUGAAGAAAGAUGAGACUCUGAAUUGUCUACUUCAAGGGUUCCAAUGUUCAAAGUGUGAUAAAUUUAUCGAAAGUAAAGAUGAGAAGCAUUUCAUAAUCAUAGAGCCUCCAGAGAUGGUGAAAUUGGAAAUGGACCAUCAUCGUGAUUACUUUAACCUUCAAUUAUAUUUUAAUCUUCUCAAUGACGAGUCUUCUGAAGAGACUCAGCUAGCCUGCGUAGAAGUAAUAAGGAGAAUUCUUGGCCACACACCCCCAGAUGUUCUGGUCAGAACAAGGUCUCAAUGGAUAGAAUGCCUUGAAUAUCUGUUACUUCAUGUUAAUACAGAUGUAAGGGAAGCAUUCUGUGCUCAGAUUGGUAUCUUUGUACAGCAUCCUAUUUUGGGCUGUUUGUUUCAUGGUGAAGAUGCUAUGGAACAAAGUUGCGAACAAAAGUUUUUUAGUUUGAUUGAACAUUCUCUAGCAACAGCGAAGGAUCUUCUUGUCAUCCAGACUCUACUGGAAACGACAGCUGAAGUUAUGGUAGCUGUUGAUGUUACCAGUGAGCUUUUCUUGUUUUGCCUUUUCCUGCUGAUUGAUCAGCUUGAUCAUCCNACAAUUGAUGAUUUGAAGAAAGAUGAGACUCUGAAUUGUCUACUUCAAGGGUUCCAAUGUUCAAAGUGUGAUAAAUUUAUCGAAAGCAAAGAUGAGAAGCAUUUCAUAAUCAUAGAGCCUCCAGAGAUGGUGAAAUUGGAAAUGGACCAUCAUCGUGAUUACUUUAACCUUCAAUUAUAUUUUAAUCUUCUCAAUGACGAGUCUUCUGAAGAGACUCAGCUAGCCUGCGUAGAAGUAAUAAGGAGAAUUCUUGGCCACACACCCCCAGAUGUUCUGGUCAGAACAAGGUCUCAAUGGAUAGAAUGCCUUGAAUAUCUGUUACUUCAUGUUAAUACAGAUGUAAGGGAAGCAUUCUGUGCUCAGAUUGGUAUCUUUGUACAGCAUCCUAUUUUGGGCUCAACAGCGAAGGAUCUUCUUGUCAUCCAGACUCUACUGGAAACGACAGCUGAAGUUAUGGUAGCUGUUGAUGUUACCAGUGAGCUUUUCUUGUUUUGCCUUUUCCUGCUGAUUGAUCAGCUUGAUCAUCCAAACUUGAUCAUCCGAAUAAAUGCUUCAAGGCUGACCAGCCGUUCAAAUGUAGUAAGAGAAUUCGCAGAGGCUGUUUUAGGUGUUGAAACUGAAGAACUUGUGAGGAAAAUGGUCCCUGUUGUUCUUCCUAAGCUCUUGGUAUACUGGCAGGAAAAUGCUGAAGCAGCCAAUACCUUGAACGAACUGGCAAGGCUACAGAGACUGCCUGAGGCAAUAAAGAAGAUCUCAAAAGUUUUAACAAAUACCGAAGAUCUUCCUGGAUUCUUACAAAAUCAUUUUGUUGGACUCCUUAACAGUAUUGACAGAAAAAUGCUCCAUGCAGAUGAUAUUUUUCUUCAGAAACAAGCGCUGAAGCGUAUUAAGCUGCUCAUUGAGAUGAUGGGCCAUUAUCUCAGCACAUAUGUGCCUAAGCUUAUGGUUCUCCUUAUGCAUGCCAUUGACAAAGAUGCACUUCAGAGCGAGGGUCUCUUGGUAUUUGCGGCACUCAUCCCCUUCUUGGAGAAAGAGAAGGAAGGUCCUCAUGUUCAUUUGGAGGAAGUGGUAAAUAUUCUUGAAGAACUUGUUUUGAAGAAUAGAGAUAUACUAAAGCAGCGCAUUUGUGAGUUUCCCCUCUUACCUAGCAUACCGUCUUUAGGAGAAUUGAACAAUGCUAUACAAGAAGCACGUGGAUUAAUGAGCCUGAAAGAUCAGUUCCGGGAUAUUGUAAAUGGUAUGAAACAUGAGAACCUGAAUGUUAGAUACAUGGUGGCAUGUGAGCUAAGCAAAUUGCUGUAUCACAGAAAUGAAGAUGUUGCUGCACUAAUUGCUGGUGAACUUGUCUCAGACAUGGAAAUCAAAGAGGACAAGAAUCUGCUCUCAGUUUUGCAAUUGUAUCACUCACGGAUUGGUUCUGACAACCAAGAAAUUUUUGCUGCUGCGUUGCCUGCACUCUUAGAUGAGCUUGUAUGCUUUGUGGACAUUGCUGAUAUACCUGAGACAGAUAGACGGCUACAGAGACUGCCUGAGGCAAUAAAGAAGAUCUCAAAAGUUUUAACAAAUACCGAAGAUCUUCCUGGAUUCUUACAAAAUCAUUUUGUUGGACUCCUUAACAGUAUUGACAGAAAAAUGCUCCAUGCAGAUGAUAUUUUUCUUCAGAAACAAGCGCUGAAGCGUAUUAAGCUGCUCAUUGAGAUGAUGGGCCAUUAUCUCAGCACAUAUGUGCCUAAGCUUAUGGUUCUCCUUAUGCAUGCCAUUGACAAAGAUGCACUUCAGAGCGAGGGUCUCUUGGUCUUGCAUUUUUUUGCAAGAAAGUUGGCUGCUGUAUCGCCAUCUAGCAUAAAUUAUGUGAUUUCUCAGGUAUUUGCGGCACUCAUCCCCUUCUUGGAGAAAGAGAAGGAAGGUCCUCAUGUUCAUUUGGAGGAAGUGGUAAAUAUUCUUGAAGAACUUGUUUUGAAGAAUAGAGAUAUACUAAAGCAGCGCAUUUGUGAGUUUCCCCUCUUACCUAGCAUACCGUCUUUAGGAGAAUUGAACAAUGCUAUACAAGAAGCACGUGGAUUAAUGAGCCUGAAAGAUCAGUUCCGGGAUAUUGUAAAUGGUAUGAAACAUGAGAACCUGAAUGUUAGAUACAUGGUGGCAUGUGAGCUAAGCAAAUUGCUGUAUCACAGAAAUGAAGAUGUUGCUGCACUAAUUGCUGGUGAACUUGUCUCAGACAUGGAAAUCGUGAACUCCUUAAUCACAUCUUUACUACAGGGAUGUGCAGAAGAAUCUCGAACUACAGUGGGUCAGAGGUUUAAGUUAGUCUGUGCAGAUUGUCUUGGAGCAAUAGGUGCUAUUGACCCUGCCAAAGUGAGAGUUGCUUCAUGCAGUCGUUUUAAAAUCCAAUGCUCAGAUGAUGAUCUUAUCUUUGAGCUCAUUCAUAAACACUUGGCAAGAGCUUUUAGAGCUGCACAGGAUACAAUCAUACAAGACUCAGCUGCUCUUGCCAUACAGGAAUUACUAAAGAUUGCUGGUUGUGAGCCAUCAUUAGCUGGGAAUGUUGUUCUGUUUACCCCCCAGGAGUGUGUACAAGUCAAUGUAUCUGGUUCUAGAAGAUGUGGAAGUAACAGUGAAGUGAAGGAUAGGGGGAAAAAACUAUGGGAUCGCUUCUCAAACUAUGUUAAAGAACUAAUAGCUCCCUGCUUGACUUCAAGGUUUCAGCUUCCAAAUGUGUCUGACCCUGGAUCAGCUGGACCAAUUUAUCAGCCUUCUAUGUCAUUCAGAAGGUGGCUGUCCUACUGGAUAAGGAAAUUGACAGCACAUGCAACUGGAUCCCGUGUAAGCAUAUUUGCUGCUUGCCGUGGCAUAGUGCGUCACGAUAUGCAGACAGCUACGUAUCUCUUACCAUACUUAGUUCUGAAUGUUGUUUGCCAUGGGACUGAGGCAGCACGGCUUAGCAUUUCAGAAGAGAUCCUUUCUGUUCUUGAUGCUGCUGCAUCAGAAAAUAGUGGAGUGACAAUAAACAGCUUUGGUGUUGGUCAGAGUGAAGUUUGUGUUCAAGCUGUUUUCACGCUUCUUGAUAACCUUGGGCAAUGGGUUGACGACGUGAAGCAGGGAGCAGCACUCUCAUCGUCUAUGCAGUUAUCAGGUGGUAGGCAAGUAGCACCCAAAUUGAAAGACCAGGUUUCAACCUUAACAACAGAACAGGAUCAUCUUCUUGUACAAUGUAAAUAUGUGUUGGAGCUUUUGCUUGCUAUUCCCAAGGUGACCCUUGCUAGGGCUUCUUUCAGGUGCCAAGCUUAUGCCAGGUCAUUGAUGUACCUCGAAUCCCAUGUACGUGGAAAGUCAGGCUCCUUAAAUCCCGCAGCAGAGAAGACAGGCAUCUUUGAAAAUGCUGAUGUCUCUUCUCUGAUGGGAAUAUACAGCUGCCUUGACGAGCCUGAUGGUCUUUCGGGCUUUGCAAGUUUAAGCAAAUCGUUAAGUUUGCAAGACCAAUUGUUGAUAAAUAAGAAAUCUGGUAAUUGGGCAGAAGUUUUCACUGCAUGUGAACAAGCCCUUCAGAUGGAACCAACAUCAGUUCAAAGACAUUCUGAUGUUCUUAAUUGCUUGCUUAACAUGUGCCACCAUCAGACAAUGGUCACUCAUGUUGACGGACUAAUUUCCAGAGUACCUGAGUACAAGAAAACGUGGUGCACACAAGGUGUACAAGCUGCAUGGAGACUUGGAAAGUGGGAAUUGAUGGAUGAGUAUCUUGGUGGAGCUGAUGCAGAAGGUUUACUAUUCAGUAGCUCAGACAGUAAUGCCUCCUUCGACAGAGAUGUAGCAAAGAUUCUCCAAGCAAUGAUGAAGAAAGAUCAAUACUCUGUAGCUGAGAGAAUAGCAAUUUCCAAACAAGCUCUCAUUGCUCCUCUAGCUGCUGCAGGCAUGGACUCCUAUACACGAGCAUAUCCUUUUGUUGUCAAACUUCACUUGCUAAGGGAGCUAGAGGACUUCCAGGCGGUUCUUAAUGGGGAUUCAUAUCUGGAAAAAUCAUUUUGUACAAGUGAUCCGGUGUUUUCGAAAGUAGUAGAUAACUGGGAGAACCGACUCAGAUUUACUCAAUCAUCGUUGUGGACAAGGGAACCUCUCUUAGCUUUCCGAAGACUCGUCUUUGGUGCCUGUGGGCUUGGUGCUCAAGUUGGGAACUGUUGGCUUCAAUAUGCAAAGCUUUGCCGUUUAGCUGGACACUAUGAGACAGCUCACAGGGCAAUUUUGGAAGCUCAGGCUUCUGGUGCACCUAAUGUUCACAUGGAAAAGGCGAAACUUCUUUGGAUCACUAGGCGUUCUGACAGUGCCAUUAUAGAGCUACAACAGUCUCUCCUGAAUAUGCAUGAGGGAGUUGUUGACUCGACUGUAAUUUCUUCUAUCAAAAGCUUACUGAUGGCUCCCCCGAAUCAAGAGCCUACAGUUCGUAACACACAAUCUUUCAAAGAAAAAAAAGAUGUUGCAAAGACUCUUCUUUUGUAUUCCAAAUGGAUCCAUCACAGUGGGCAGAAACAAAAGAAAGAUGUUUUAAAUCUUUACACCCAAGUCAAGGACUUGCUGCCCUGGGAGAAGGGAUAUUUCCAUUUGGCUAAGUAUUAUGAUGAACUAUAUGUUGAUGCAAGAAAGUGUCAACAAGAGAGCUCUUUAUUGAGCUCUGCAGGCAGUAAAAAGGGAUCUGUCUCGUCGAACUUAAGCACUGAGAAAGCAGGGUGGGAUUACCUAUUUAAGGGAAUGUACUUCUAUGCCAAGGCACUUCACAGUGGGCACAAGAAUCUCUUUCAAGCACUUCCGAGGUUGUUAACACUAUGGUUUGACUUUGGUACUAUCUAUAAAACAAGUGGCUCAGCGGGAAAUAAAGAAUUGAAAAGUACUCAUAUGAAGAUAAUGAGUUUAAUGAGAGGCUGCUUAAAGGAUCUACCAACCUAUCAGUGGUUAACUGUGUUGCCUCAGUUGGUUUCUAGAAUUUGUCACCAGAAUGGGGAUACAGUACUCAUGGUUAAAAAUAUCAUCACCUCUGUUCUACAUCAAUUUCCUCAGCAAGGGCUCUGGAUUAUGGCAGCUGUUUCAAAAUCUACUGUUCCUGCUAGGAGGGAAGCAGCUGCAGAAAUCAUACAAGGUGCACGAAAAGGUUUUAACCAAGGUGACAGAGGCCACCAUUUGUUCAUUCAGUUUGCUAGUGUGACUGAUCAUUUCAUUAAACUGUGCUUCCAUGGAGGACAACCAAGAUCCAAGGUUAUCAAUAUAGCGACUGAAUUCAGUGCCUUGAAAAGAAUGAUGCCGCUGGAUAUCAUCAUGCCAGUUCAACAAUCUCUUACCAUUAGCCUACCAGCAUUUGAUGUGAACAACAAUGAACGACACUCUGCCAGUGUAUUUUCUGAUUCAGAUCUACCAACUAUUUCUGGUAUAGCUGAUGAAGCCGAGAUACUUUCAUCCCUUCAGCGCCCAAAGAAGAUCAUUCUGCUGGGAAAUGAUGGUAUUGAGUAUCCAUUCCUCUGCAAGCCCAAGGAUGAUCUCAGGAAAGAUGCUCGGAUGAUGGAAUUUACUGCGAUGAUAAACCGCUUACUAUCCAAAUAUCCCGAAAGCAGGCGAAGGAAGCUAUAUAUCCGCACCUUUGCAGUAGCUCCUCUGACUGAAGACUGUGGUCUGGUGGAGUGGGUUCCACAUACACGUGGACUCCGCCAUAUUUUACAAGAUAUAUACAUUUCUUGUGGAAAGUUUGAUCGGCAGAAAACAAAUCCGCAAAUUAAAAGAAUAUAUGAUCAAUGCGCUGUUAAAAAGGAGUAUGAAAUGCUGAAGACCAAGAUCCUCCCUAUGUUCCCUCCGGUUUUCCAUAAAUGGUUCUUGACGACGUUUUCUGAACCAGCUGCUUGGUUUAGGUCACGUGUAGCUUAUGCUCACACCACAGCAGUUUGGUCCAUGGUUGGGCACAUUGUUGGACUUGGUGACCGUCAUGGAGAAAAUAUCCUCUUUGACUCUACUUCAGGUGAUUGUGUUCAUGUAGACUUCAGUUGCUUAUUUGACAAAGGCUUACAACUGGAGAAGCCUGAGUUGGUGCCAUUCAGAUUGACCCAGAACAUGAUCGAUGGUUUGGGCAUCACUGGAUAUGAGGGCAUNCCGGCA